AUGGUCUACAAUAUAGCACUAUACAAUGCAGAUUUAAUGAAAGAAAAAAAAACCCUCCAACAAAAAAAUGACGUAUCUGAGUUUAUUUUUGAGGCUGUGCAUUUAAGGAAGGGACCAGAUACCGAAACGGCAGAACAAGAAGAUAAUGGUGAUGUCGAACAAAUUGAACAAGAAUUAUAUGAUAGUGAUUUUGAAAUAGAUGAUGAUGUCGAGUUAUAUAAGAAAAAUGAUAUUGAACAUAAAAAUGUUAUUACGGUGAUGGAGG